AGUUGCUCGCUCGCAGUCGUUGGGUUCGCAGUGAGAAAACAAAAGUUAGUUCGUGGUUUCGCACUGUUAGCGAUAUUGCUCCAAACAGAAUCAGAACAAAGUGUUAUAGCAAAAAGUUGUUCUUGAAGUUUUGUUGGUAAUCACUCGCACACAACGGGAAACCUUGUCCUUUCUUUCGCGGUAGAAAAAAGGAUCAAGAACUAAUACCUCGCGAUUCGGAGGAAACAAAGAGCAAUAAGAACGUGUACACACAAAAGGAUAACGCGUAAUACUCGCCCGAAAGAGUACUUCCGGGAGUGUUGAGGCUUAUUACCGAAGAACUUGACCCGAAUAUCGACUCAUAUUUCGGCGAAUUGUCGGAACAAAGCUUUCAUUCUGUCGCUAAAAUUGUUUUCGAUCCCCGAUCGAAAAGCAUUGUCGAAGUUCAAAGUGCAAACAAAGGAUACGGUGGAGUGGGAAAAUUGAAGCGCAAGAAUCGAUUCUACCUUCACUUUUGCGAAACCAUCUGUUUGAUCCCUUUUUCCUUCUUUCGGGUGUUCUGUGUCGAUGUGUUGGAAGCGCAUAAUAACGUCCAGGUUCACGGGAAUAAUAGCCUGCUCUGCGGCGGGAAUUUGUACAUAAUCCGAAAUUUGGUGAAUUUUGUGUUGUUUCUGGCUUCUGCCACGCCUGCACACGACGGUGUCAGUGGCCCUGCGAUCGAUCCCACGGAGUGGUUCCAUACCGCCGAGCUCGGAAGAUGUCGUAGAACGGAAAAUUGUGUUUCAAAGUGUGUGAACCUCAGUGCUACAGCGAGAAGAAGAUUAUAGGUGGCAAAAGUGGUAAAAAUCGAGAUACAACAAAAUCAAAAAGGUUGAUUAGAGAAGAAGCUAAGCAAGAACGGGGUAGGAAAGAAAAAAGCUAAAAAGUUCGAUUAGUGCCCGAAGCACUGUGAAAGGAAAUAAGAAGUACGUACACGUACGUUGUGCGAAAGAGAAAGAUCCAGAAUUACUUUGCUGCUGCCUUCGGGAGUGUGUAGAUGCUAGCAACAGCGAUGGAUAACAAAGAGAACGUUUUCAACGCGUCUCAGGACGGUAAUCUGGUUGUCCUAAAGCGAUACAUCAGCGGCCGGCCACAGAACGAAAUCGAGAUGCUAGUGACAGCAAAGACGGGCGGUGCCACACCAUUGCUAAUAGCCUGCCGGAAUGGUCACUUCGAUGUAGCCCAGUAUCUAAUCAAACGAUGCCAUGCCGAUGUGGAACAGCCGGGAUCAGUGAUAUUCGAUGGCGAAACGAUAGAGGGCGCUCCGCCCCUGUGGUGCGCUUCGGCCGCCGGUCACAUCAGCAUAGUGAAACUCCUAGUCCAGCAAGGUGCCAAAGUGAACAGUACAACCAAGACGAACAGCACACCGCUGCGGGCGGCCUGCUUCGAUGGACACUACGAAAUCGUCAAAUACCUAGUGUCGCACAAUGCCGAUAUCGAGGUAGCGAACCGCCAUGGGCACACCUGUUUGAUGAUCGCCUGCUACAAGGGCCACUACAAGAUCGCACAAUACCUGCUCUCGCUCAAAGCGGACGUGAACCGGCGCAGCGUGAAAGGCAACACCGCACUGCACGAUUGCGCCGAGUCCGGUUCGCUCGAAAUCCUCCAACUGCUGCUUCAACACGGUGCUACAAUGGACGUGGACGCCUAUGGUAUGACACCCCUCCUGGCAGCCAGCGUAACCGGACACCUACCGAUCGUGGAACACCUCAUCAGUUUGCCAUGUGUGAAACGGGAAGACAAAGUCGCAGCCCUCGAGCUGCUCGGUGCAACCUACGUGGAUAAGAAACGUGAUAUGUUGGGGGCACUCUCGUUUUGGAAGCGUGCCAUGGAAGACAGAUACAACCGUAGCACAGUCCUGCCGAAACCAGUGCGAGAACCAGUCCCUGCCUACGACUACGCCCAGGAAGUAAGCGAUCUCACCGCACUGGAAGAACUGGUGAUGGACCCGGACGAGAUGCGUAUGCAGGCGUUGCUCAUACGCGAACGGAUACUCGGCCCGGUCCACCCGGAUACCAGUUACUACAUUCGAUUCCGAGGUGCUGUAUACGCUGACUCAGGUCGUUUCGAUCGGUGCAUAGAACUGUGGACGUACGCACUGUCGAUGCAGCAGAACAUACUGGAACCGCUGAAUCCGAUGACCCAAUCGUCACUGCUAUCGUUCGCGGAACUGUUCAGCUUUAUGCUGGGUGAAGCGGGUCGACCCAUUACCCGCGGUCGGAUUGUGCCUCCGAUCGAAACAUCGGACAUGUUGAUAAUUUUCCGAAAAUCGAUUCGCGAAGUUCAGCUCGGUCAGAAGAUGCUGGAACAGUUGGCAAGUCACGAGCGGGAUAGUACGGCGUUGAACCGAGCGCUCGUGAUUUCGUUACAUUUGGCUUGUCUGCUGGCCCGGCUGCUCGAUGAGGACGAGGAUAUUUGUUGUGAUAACAUGAAGCACCAGAUUCUGCGGGCGUUCUAUGAAUUAGUCAGUUUGAAGAUUGUGGCGAAAUCGGGCCGGACGGCGCUGCAUCUCGCGUGUUACAAGGAGGCAGCCCUCGUCGGUCGUUACCCUGCCUGCCAACUGCCAUCGCCUCGCCUCGCCAAGGCCCUGCUGGAGGUCGGUGCGGAUCCGAACGCACAGGACGAAGCGGGUAACACCCCACUGCAUUUAGCGGCACUGACGCGGCCCUGUCCGGCUAACUUGGCGCAGACACUGCUCGAACAUGGGGCACAUUUGGACACCAAAAACCUGGACGGCGACACGUUCGAAACGCUGCUUCAGAGCCAGCGACUGCACGAGCUGGUCAACCCAAUCAAGUUCACUCGUCUCACCUGCCUCGCCGCCCGCGUCAUUCAACGCCAUGCCAUCGAUUACCACAGUCAGGUGCCCAAGUGUUUGUACGAGUUUAUCGAUUCCCACUAAAGAAAACUGAUAACCUGGACUGGUCCAGUAGCAGCAACGCAGUAGCGGGUUUAGGUUAGACAAAUUGAGACAUCAACAGUGCUGGUGGCUCAUCGUUCAAACUUCUCUCCGAUACCGUACGCAGAACAAAUAGUUGUAUAGUUUGAAAUAUGGGCGAAAAUGGUGCCACGAGCUGCGUAGAAGGUCAGUUCCCUUCGAGUGCGCAUCGUAGUUUUUUAUUAACUAUCCAUCCACCAUCAGCUACCGAUUUGAGCGAGCAAUUCAAAACGAUCUAGAAUGAUGCGGUUUGGGUGAAUAUUGGAAUAUUAGAGCAUCCAGGAUCCCCUGCUAACUUCUCAACACCACAUUUAAAUUUUUAAAGGUAUUCUUUGACCAGCAGUAGAUCAACUUUGCUUCAGGAAGGUUCCAUUUUUUUUAAAUCAGUUGGACAGUUUCUUCGUUUGCGCUUUGGUCUGCUACUUCCAGUCACUGGAAAUGCUUAGCAUUGCUGUCUUAAAUAAGGCAUAAAACUCAAAACCUUCUACGAGUCUUCACACGCGGAAAAGUAUAUUAAAUUUCAGUAGUGUUCGGAGUAAAGUUUUCUAUUAGCGCUUAAGAGGACAUAACCUGUUUUUUGGCAAGGUGGUAAAUGUUUGUUAGCGAUGAGAGCGACCGGAGACAAUUUGAGCGUUGACAAUUUGAGAUAUUUUCAAUUUACUCUAACUUUAUUGAACUGUUCACUAGUUUAGAGCUAGAAAGUAUUGAAGUGGUUGCGCCCUAGAUUAUUUCCCUGGAAUAUUGUAAAUAUUGUUGUACCAUUGGACACAAUCGCUGAUUAAGCGUUGCGUUGCUUUGACAGCUGCAGCCGAAUUGCCUGUGAAAUAAAAACAAAUUCAAAAAAUAAAGAUUUUGAACGGAAGAAUUUAGAUAAGUAAAACAGCUCAUUUUUAGUAUGCAGUUUUAGUGCGCCAACGAACAUGUAUUAAAUAGCAAUCGUCAUUUAUAGCGUUUCCUAAUCAGAACAGAACUGGCGCGAAAAGGUAAUUUGUUCGAAUUUGCUAACUUUAGCCACACAUAUACACAUACAUACUUUCAUACAAACACAAAGCUACAUGUAAUGUCGUGAUAUCACUUGCGUAAGUGAACAAAACAUAGAUUAUCAUUCAUCCUAGUUUUAUCUACUUUCCUUUAUCAUCUAUACAACCGCGCAUAACUCAAUCUAUAAGCAAAAUAUUCGAGAGUGAAAAAUGCUAACAAAAAAAAGUCAUUCAAUCGACGGUGGAUACUUUUAAACCCGCUUAUAUAAUCAGCCUACAGUAGAGAGCAUCCUGAUCAAUUCGAAGAAUAAACCGCAUAAACCGAUUGCGAAUAUAAUUGGAGUAGAUAUGAGCACCGCACCAACGGUUCUUAGUAGACGUAUAAAAGUAGAAACAGACAUCCCCCGUCGAUGGGUAGGUUCAGUUGAUUGAUACCUUUGAUGUUGAAACGGUAAAAAACGUACCAACCCAGAACAACAAAACAGGAACAAAAACGAUUAUUAUAGCGAAAAAUUAUACAUACAAGAAAAAUAAAAAAUAUAAUAUAA